ACUCAUAAUAAGCGCAUGGCCUUGACAUAUCAACAAACAUAAUGAUGAGACUAUAAAUUCAUACUAAUGAAACAUACUUCAGUGAUCAUAUGUCUAAAAUUAAAAAUGAAAGAGAAGUAAUUGCGGCAGCAAAAUAAUUAGCGCGUUUUUCAAUCUUGCUGAAAACUAUGCUAGACGACCGAUGAUGGAUAAUAUCAUAAAUGAACAUGAGAAUAGCCCACUACAGUCUGAGGAUGACAUUUUACAAUGUGAUAGAUAUGGCUUUCGUGGUGGCCAGCAGUAUACAAAUCCAGAAGAAGAAGAUCGUGUUUCCAUCGAGGUUAUACGUUCACGAGAGUUAAAAUGGAGGAAAAUGUGUUCCAAUUGGAGUUUAUGGUAUUUUAAAUACCAUCAAAAGCUACGUGAUCGAUGUCAAAAAGGAAUUCCUGAUUCAUUUCGUUGUGAAGCUUGGCAACGACUUUGUGCAAGCCCAAUGGUGCUUGUUCAACGUCAACGAAUUAUAUGUGAUGAGACUGCUGAGACAAAAACAACCUUAACAACUGAAGGAACUAGUCAAAGUGUUGAUCAUAGUAGUAAAAGUAAAUUUCCUAAGCAUCGUUUCGGCACAUUAUCAAAUCGAACAAAUUAUAAAAGUUUACAAAUGGUUAUCACUUCUCCAAGUUUUCGUACUAGUCAAAUUAAAGAAGAUGAUAGACGCAAACUUUUAUUUCGAAAAUUGCACGGCACUGACAGUACUGUAUUAAGUCAAGGGUCUAGUUUCCACUCUUUGCGCAUUAGUAGGGUUAAAGAUGUUAUUCCUAAUUCACAUGAUAGCUGUCGAUAUCCGUCAGCACUACCUCUUUCCUUACAAAAUCACGAUAGUCCAAAUACUCAAAGAAUAUCACCGUGGCAGCGAAAUACUUUCAAUAACGAAUCCAUUCGAUCAAUAUCCGGUACAACUCAUAGCAGUCUUCAUAAUUUACCUUCUAGUGCAUUGAACAAUGUCAAUUCUUCAAUGUUUAACCAAUCUGCACUACCUAAUUCAGGUUAUUCAACAAUUGCAUCUAUUCAUGGUAAAUCAUGUUCACCAGAACCACAUAUUGAUACUACUGAUAUGAUCAAAUCAAAUCAUGUUACAACUAGAAAUUCCGGUGGUUAUGCUAGUCUUAGUACGACAUCUUGUACAGAUAGUUCUAGUACAAAUCAUUUUCAAAACGAAAUUCAAAUUCACGAAGCAUCAUCCACAGAUUCAUGUACUUCCAUUUUAAUAUCAUCAUCUGUCGGAUCGUCAUCAUCACCAAUUUUGCAUCGAAUUACACGAAAUAUUGACGUAUUUUCUAACCAAACAAGUGGUGAUAUUCUAACAGAAUACGAUAAUGAUGAUCCCAGAGCUACACUUGUCCCAUCGAUUGAUUUAGAUCCAGAGAAAUUGUAUACAAAUUAUUGCUUACAAGAAGGGACAUCAGCUAAUUGUGAUCAAAUACGUCGUGAUAUUGAUCGUCAAUUUCCUUUCCAUGAAUUAUUCAGUGAAAAAGGAGGUCAUGGUCAAGAAAGUUUAUACACCUUACUAAAAGCUUAUACAAUUAGACAUCCAGAGAAAGGUUACUGUCAAGGUCAAGCCCCACUAGCAGCUGUCCUACUCAUGUUUAUGCCUGAAGUUGAUGCCUUUUGGACUUUCAAUGAAAUUUGUGAACGUUAUUUAGAAUCUUAUUAUGAUGAUGGUCUUGAACGAGUACAAAUUGACGGGGACGUCUUAUAUGCUCUUCUUAAGUCGAUACAUCCUCCAAUAUACAAAUUUUUACGAAAAUAUUCAGUGGAACCAAAUCUUGUCGUCUUGGAAUGGUUCAUGUGCGCUUAUACACGAACUUUACCUUGGACAGCUGUAUUAAGAAUAUGGGAUUUGUUUUUCUGUGAUGGUAAAAUCAUAUUAUUUAAAGUGGCUAUUGUUUUAUUGAAUCGUUUAUUUGGACAUCCUUCUCACCGUAAAUCAUGUCAAGGACUUGACGAUAUUCUCAUGAGAUUACGUGAAGUAUCAUCUGUUGUUGGAAAAUUGGAUAAUUUUAUCCGUGAAGUUGUUCGAGUCCCUAUAACUGCGAAAGAAUUAAGUCAACAAAUUGUUCGACAAUCUCAAAAAUGGGCAGCUAAUCAUCAAAAACAAUCUUAGGCAUUUAAGUUCAUCAGUUGAUUUAAAAAAUUACCCAAUACAUCAAAUGAAGAAAUAACUAAAAAACACUUGACCCUUUACCCGUUUACUCAGAUCAAAUCAGCAUGUAAAAAGAAAGGAAUCAACGCCAUAUAUUUCCUCUUCGAACACUGAAUUACUGUUAUUUUCAUUUGUUCUUCUACAAAAAGGGAAUGUGUUAUCAAUUUUCCUCCUUUUGUUAAAAAUAAAUAAUAACUGCGACUUCCAUACAAUAUCUGGUGCAAUGUACUGUGUUUACUCCGCCCAAACUACUUUCACUGGAUGAAAUUGUCUACAUCAUGAUAAACACCCAAUCAUAUCACAAGUGAAAUGGCUUUUUUUUCUGAAUAAACGGAUAGACUCCUUCCGUGUAUUUACUACAUCAUUUUUCAUUUAAAAUGUCUUUUUACGCAUAUUAUUGUUGCUGUUAUUAUUAUUAUUCUGUUUCGUUUUUUUCUUUUAUCUGAACUACCUAUUUACUUUACACAUGGUUAUUGUUUUUCUAUGAACGUUAAAUUGCCACUCUCUCACAAAUACGCAUAAGCGUGGAGGGUCAUCUCUAGACACAUGAGAUGUAAGAUUGUUUUAUAAAUACAUACAUAUAGCUUCAUUGUUCCAGCUUUUGCGUAUCAUCAAAUUUAAUCAACCUACUCCAACCCUAGCCUUUGAUCAAAUGCACUAUUUUGUGCUCACGUACGUGUAUCGCUAUCGUAUGACUGAAAUAAUUAUCUUUAUUGUGCAUUUAUUUCUCGUAAAUACUACAAUUCGAAUUUAUACAUGUCACCUUCUUACUAAUGAUAAUUAUUACUCUUACAAAAAGCUUUUGAUUAUUUGCUAUUAUAAAGAUUCAAUGAAACAACUGUGUACAUAAAAGUUUUAUUUUUAAAAUCCUUUACUUCCUAUUUGUUAAGUUAUCUUAAUUUUUUGUGUAUCAUAAAUAAUGUGAUGCAAGUUUUGCUUGCGUGUUGCUUUUUCUCUAAUUAUCCCGGCUUAUAUAUAUAUGUGACUUGCAAGAUUCUUUGUAAGAAUGUUUAUUAUCAGACUUAACGAAAUCUGUCAAAAUGAAGUUCACUAGUAUAGUAGAUUGUUUGUUUUAUAUUAAUGAAAGCAAAUCUAAUCCGGCCAAAGAAGCUAAAGUUAUCCAAUAUAACUUAUCAGAGAAGGAGUUUUCUAUUUUGUACAGUUAACACUGAGAUCUAGCUCACAGCAUAUUUUGUUUGAUGAAAAAUAUGUAAACACUUGAAGGUGAAUUUUAUCAUCUUAAAAAAGAUUACCACUCCUUAAGAUGUUAGUAAUUCAAAUUGAUAUGGAAAUAUUCAAGAUGAAAUUCAGCAGAGAACAAAUAUUUCUUUUAUUCAACAUUGUAUCGAUUCACAGGCAGUGUUCUCGCUUUGAUUUCUCGUCAACUGUUUGACAAUAAAAUUACCAUUUACUGAAAUGUUUCAUCAAAACCUUUUCCUUAAGUUGAAGAUGAUUAUCGUCAGAAACUGAUAUCAGCCAGAGAUCAUCAGGCAGUUAUUUUAGACUCCUCAGAGAUACUCAUUCGUGACCCCACAGGAAAGCGAAAUCGGAGUCUUUAGUGCUCUCAAGGAUCAUAAUUCAAUUAUAUCACUGAACUGAAAUCCAAUUGUUUACGCUAGGCAAAUCGACAGCAAAACAAAAUCUCUCGAGUAUGUCUUUCCUCCAUGGAUUUUUUAGAGAAAUAAAAGGACAAAACCUCCAUAAAAGAUUAUCAAAUACUUGGGAUUUGUUGUUACUAAAAAUUAUUUACGCAUCAGCUUCAGGCAAAUCCAUGAGUUUUACGUGUAACAGCUGCAUAAUGAACACUUGAUCAGUGACGAAUCUAAAUAGUUUGCAGGGGAACAAUGACGAGAAAGAGUCCAUUUUUCCACUUAUAAUCUGUUGAGAAUAUAAUAAUUUAUAUUUAAGAAAUGAGUGUGUACCGACUUUGUUUAAAUCUUACAUAUUGAUCGGAUAAAUUUAUAUUUAAAAUAACUAAUUAUUAGAGUAGAUCUAAGCGUUUUCUGUUGUGUUGUUUACGAG